AUGUCACAAUUUAACGAGGACGUCGAAAAACAAAUAGUUGACGAUCAGGUUGGAUCGUCCCACUCUCAACCUACCGCAGUCCAGGAAGAAGGCCUUCAGUCCGUGGUUCACUCCGAUGAUGGCAAGUACCUUUGGCUGGGAGGUCGCAAGUACCUAAAAAGCGAUCUUGUUAGUGCGUUCGGUGGUACUUUGCAACCUGGAUAUGCUCCUCCAAGUGUUCACAAAUUCGCUAAUCCAGCGCCUCUGGGGCUGUCCGCUUUCGCACUGACAACGUUUGUUUUGUCGAUGAUAAAUGCCGGAGCCAUGGGUGUUUCCACCCCCAACGUGGUGGUCGGUCUUGCCGCUUUCUACGGAGGUUUAGUCCAGCUGCUUGCAGGAAUGUGGGAGUUGGCCCUGCAGAAUACGUUCGGUGCAAUGGCUCUAUCUUCAUAUGGUGGGUUCUGGAUGAGCUACGCUGCUAUAUUCAUCCCCUUCUUUCAUAUUGCUGACGCUUACGAGGAUGAAGUGGAACUGAGCAACGCGCUCGGUUUCUACCUACUGGGCUGGACCAUUUUCACUUUUAUGUUGAUGCUUUGCACCAUGAAAUCCACCGUCGCAUUUUUCUUGCUCUUUGCGUUCCUUGACCUCACAUUCCUGUUGCUCGCUGUCGGCCACCUAGCUCCGUCGUCCGGAUGUGUCACUGCGGGAGGUGUGUUUGGAGUGAUCACCGCUUUCAUCGCAUGGUACAACGCCGCAGCCGGUGUAUUUGACGAGGGCAACUCUUACCUGACCAUCAAGCCUAUUUACCUGCCUAAGUUUGGCAAAAAGUCCAAUUGA